AUGGCCGACACUCAAGACUACAGCUUCAUUGAAAAGUAUGCUCGGUACGGCAAGGAGCAGCACUUAUCUCAUCAACACUUCUAUGGCUACCACGACGGUGCCCGGGCUGCCAUGCUAGCAUUUGCCAGCCCUGUCGUGAAGUCUUUGCCCUACGAGCGGGCCAAGCUUUUGGUGGACCUACACAAGUUGGACGACAUCAAGAAGUCCAGGGAGGCGCACCGUUUUGGUUCCGAAGAGCCAGCGGUGCCGGACGAGAACGAUGACAAGCCACUCUCUUUGCUAGAAGAGGCUGAGGAAGAAGCAGAAGGAGACGAAGGCAAGGUGGUGUUUUGGGAUCGACGUCGCGACCGCCGCAGACGCCGUCGCGUUUUCGAAGCGGUCGUGAAGGUUGUGAAGGAUGUGGCGAAAGAGGCGGAGAAAGUGGUGGAGGACGUGGUGAAAGCGGUGGAGAGUGCUCUCAGUUGCGCAGGCCAGGCUGGCACUUUCGCAUCCACGGGUUACACGCGGUCCAUUAACGGCAAUGUCGCUUGGUCUAUUGGUUUGUCUGCUGGUCCAGAAAACGUUUUCCAGGAGUUGCUAAAUGGCAAACUGCCACUUGAUCAGAUCUCGCUGGGAGCUGGAUUCAGUGUCGGCAGCAAUACGGAUGUUUGGUGGGCCGGUGCUGGCUUCGGCGGAUCCAUCACGUGCAAACCGCGCAGGGGCAUGUUUGGUAUCAAGAAGCCGGGCCAAUGCAAGCUCGACAUGACUGUGGCAACUCUCGCAUGCGGCAAUGUACCAACGUCACAUUCUGCUUGUCCCAUGGGCCGGAACUUUGCGGGCAUGACUUGCUCGGAAUCUGGAGGCUACUUCGUGUCCAUAAUGUGCUGCAGCUUCGACCUUUCGAACGGCAAGAACAGCUGCGACUAG